CCGCGGCCCAGACGCGACGAACUACACUUCCCAGAGGGCUCAGGACACAGACGUGACGCAAGGCGCAGGCAGUUGGAGGGUUCGGAUAAAAAUGGCUGAAUAUUUAGCUUCGAUAUUCGGGACUGAGAAGGACAAGGUUAACUGCUCUUUUUACUUUAAGAUCGGGGCCUGCCGGCACGGGGACCGGUGCUCCCGGCUUCACAACAAACCGACUUUCAGCCAGACCAUAGUGCUGCUCAACCUGUACCGGAAUCCACAGAACACCGCCCAAACCGCAGACGGAUCGCAUUGUCACGUGAGCGAUGUGGAAGUGCAGGAGCACUAUGAUAACUUCUUCGAGGAGGUCUUCACGGAACUGCAGGAGAAGUACGGGGAGAUUGAAGAGAUGAAUGUGUGCGACAACCUGGGGGACCACCUUGUGGGCAAUGUCUAUGUCAAGUUCCGGCGAGAGGAGGAUGCGGAACGGGCAGUAGCUGAGCUCAAUAACCGCUGGUUCAAUGGGCAGGCUGUGCAUGCGGAGCUGUCCCCGGUCACCGACUUCCGGGAGUCAUGCUGUCGGCAGUAUGAGAUGGGGGAAUGUACCCGAGGCGGCUUCUGCAACUUCAUGCACCUGCGCCCCAUCUCCCGGAACCUCCGCCGGCAGCUUUAUGGGCGGGGACCCAGGCGUAGGUCACCCCCAAGGUCCCAUACCAGCCACCGCCCCCGGGAAAGGAACCGGCGGCAUUCACCAGACCACCGGCAUGGACGCUUUUGAAUCCCUCAUCCCCUCGCCCUCCACCCAACAGGCACAGAAGUUCUGGCCAGGACCCUUCCUCCUCCGAGUUCCUGUACACCCCCCAGGGCCAGUUUUUCCCCAGGCACUGGGGCUCGUGAUGUAACCUGUUAAACACAGGGACUUCUGCCACUCCCCUAAUAAAGUUCUGUAUUAAGGGUUGUUAGCCUUG